CAGUCAAGAGACGUUGGAAGUGUGGAGGAUGGAACUGGUGGAUUACACGAUAUGUGGUUUAGCUGUUUUAAUUUUUACUAGCUGGUGUAUUAACUGGCUUACACAUGUAAUGGCAAUUGUAUAUGGAAAAUUGAAGUUUCAUCGUCAGACCACAGUAUUAGUUCCAGAAGAAUUACCUGGUGUCUCAAUUAUUAAACCACUACUUGGGGUGGAUCCACAUUUAUUUGGCAACUUAGAAACAUUUUUCAACUUAAAAUAUCCACAGUAUGAAAUAUUAUUUUGUAUCCAAGAAGAGAUGGAUGGUGCACUCAUGAUUGUACAAAGUUUGAUGCAAAAAUAUCCUAAGGUGGAUGCUAAGUUAUUUAUAGGUGGUAAAAAAGUUGGUAUAAAUCCAAAAGUUAACAACAUGAUUCUUGGUUAUGAUGCAGCAAAGUUCGAUUUAAUCCUAAUUUCAGACAGUGGUUUAAGAAUGAAAGAAGAUACUCUUCUGGAUAUGGUGAACUGUUUAACAGAAAAAACUGGGUUGGUUCAUCAAAUGCCAUACAUCUGUGAUAGAAAAGGCUUUUCCUCUCUUGUAGAACAGAUAUUUUUUGGAACACAGCAGGCAAAGAUGUAUAUUGGUGCUAACUGUUUGGGAAUAAAUUGCACGACAGGAAUGUCGUGUUUAUUCCGGAAGGAAGUUGCAGAAGAGGCUGGAGGGAUGAAAUAUUUUGGUCAGUUUCUUGCUGAGGACUACAUGCUUGCUCAAGCCUUUUUAGAUAGGGGAUGGAUUGUUCGAAUCAGCUCUCAGACUGCAUACCAGAAUGCAGGAAACUAUUCCAUAGCAGAUUUCCAUGCCAGACUAGUCAGGUGGACGAAGCUGCGCAUCGCUACAGUUCCGACAACCAUGUUCUUUGAGCCGAUAUUCCAGUGCAUGUUUUUGGGAGCGAUCACAUCGUGGGCAGUGUCAUACCUCUUUGACUGGACAGCCCUGGUGUUCUUUCUCAUCCACGUGCUUGUCUGGUUUCUAGGAGACUAUAUUCUUAUCAGUGUCGUACAGGGAGGUCCUCUACCUUGCUCCAAAUUCGAGUUCAUGGUUGGGUGGUUGUUGAAUGAAAUGUCCUACUUAUACCUUAUAUGCCAAGCCCAUCUGAACCCAACUGUGGUGUGGCGAUCGAAAAAGUAUCGCAUAAAAUGGGGAGGAAUAACGGAAGAAAUUACACCACCCCCACCAAAGGAAUGAACUUGAUACCACAGUGCAAUGAUUGAACACUGAGUUUUCCAUAGCAAAUGAAUUGAGAAAUGAGGAAAACGAAAAAUAAAUAGGAAAGAAGACUAACUCAAAGAACUUGGCAACAUAUAUAGCAACCGUGACCACAUGCAAAAUGAGUUGGUAUUUCAAGCAAUCUAGAAUGUAGUGUUUUCAGGAAGGAAAAUAAUGGCAUGCGUAACAAAAGCAAGAACAAUGUGUAAUCGGGAUCUCGUCAUGCCAAAUCAUACUUUUGCUGUGUCUAUUCAGCAUUAUUUGCAGUAUUUUUAUGGUCAACAUAUACUGAGUGUAUAGACGAAAGGAAAUUGUGAAUCUCAACAGUAGAUGAGAGAGGAAUAUUUUUCACAACCGCUCACACAAACGUAGUAAAUCAAAAUUCAUCAGUGGUAUUAUACUGCUGACGUUUAGUAGUACAUUUAUUUAACAUCUCCAAAAUUAAGUUUGCUCUUUCAUGGGUUUGGGUGUUCAGAAAUUAGCAGGAAACACUGGUCCUUACUGGUGAUUUUGCUCAUGUGCCAGUUAACAUUGGUAAAAUCUAGAACAGGGUAAGCUACAUAAAACAAACUAUCAUAAUCUUUUUCGUUUAUUUCUUUUUAAAAAUAUAUUUUUAUAAUAAAAAUCAAAUGCUAACUUUAUGCAGUGGUGUUUGAAUAGAAAGCAGUUUUGAAAUUGAACAAAUAUUUACUACCCAGUAAUUUUAUGAUUUUAAAAAAAAAAAAAAAAAUGCAUUAUGUUGUGUUGCUGUACUAUAGAUGAAUACUUUUAAAAGUAUUAUAAGAAUUAGAAAAACUUUGCUUCAUUUAAUAUAGAUUUCAUUAAAUUAAAUUACCACAAAAACUUUUUUGUAAUACAUUGAAUUUUGAUGGAAUUUGAAAGGACUAAUUGAAGUAUAUUGCUAAAACAUUUUGAUUUAAUUUAAAAUGUUUAAUAGUGAACUUGGAAGCAACAUUUGCCUAAAACAUUUCUUCAGCUUUUAUAAAGGUAAUUUUCAAAGUUGUACUUAUUUACAGAGUUUAAAAUCAUGUAAAUUAGACUUCAGAAUUAAUUACUAGUAAUAUAUGUAAACUACUGGGGGUCUGUGUUAUAAAUUAUUAACUGAUAUGUUUUUAAAAAAGGAAAAAACAAUUAACUUAAAAUCAUGUAAGCUACUUUACUUAAUAUUCACUUUUUUUCUCUCUUUUUGUUUUGUUAAAUGAUCAGGUUCAUGGUGCUAUUGUACCAUUUAGAAAUUUUUGCUCAAUAUUUUAAAAUUGUUCUUUCCUGUUUAACAAUAACAAUAUAUGGUAAUGCCAGUGAAAAAGCUCACCAAGAAUGACUUGCAUUGGUGCAAUGACAAAAUUAUUUUACUUGCUAUUGUUGAAUUGUGGUGGAUCCACUGUUCUAAUUUAUUCAUUUACACAGGGAAUUUGGACAAUAUUCUCUAUCUAAAUUCUAAUAAUAUUUGAGGUGUAAUUAUAUAUGCACCACAUAAUGCUCAGAAAUGUUUUUUAAAGCAAGUUCUGUAUUUAAUUUGACAUUGGUCAGAUUCAACGUAAGACUGUGUUAACUGUUUUUGUUUCUGAAAUUCAUGUGUGCAUUUCAAGACCACGUCAUUUUGUAAUUAGUUACAUUGUUGUCCAGUGUCCUGCAAAUGAUGGGGAUAACUGUAGUCUGAUUUGCUUUGCUUCAGAAACUAGUGAGGACAUGUUAUGUAAAACUUGCUUUGCUUCAGAACCUAGUGAGGACAUGUUAUGUAAAACUUGCUUUGCUUCAGAACCUAGUGAGGACAAUUUUGGUAAAACUUGAUUUGCUUCAGAAACUAAUGAGGAUAUGUUGAGUAAAAAGUAAUUUGCUUCAGAAACUAAUUAGGAUAUGUUGAGUAAAAAGUAAUUUGCUUCAGGAACUAUUGAGGAUGUGUUGAGUAAAAUGUAAUUUGCUUCAGGAACUUUUGAGGAUAUUUUGAGUAAAAUGUAAUUUGCUUCAGGAACUACUGAGUAAAACACAAUUUUCUGCAGGAACUAAUGAAGAUGUGUUGAGAAAAGCAAUUUUAUUCCGGAAUAAAUGAAGAUGUAUUUGAUUUGCUUUAAGAAAUAACGAAGAUUUGCUGGGUAAAAUUGUGUUUGCAUUAGGUUGUUAGAUCACAUAGGCCAACAGUGAUCAUAGAUUGACUGUGAACUUUGUUUGUUAACAGUUAACAACAGAUAAUUGUUUGAUUCUUUGUAACAAGUGUAGCGUACAUCAGAUGGUUUGACUAACUACAUUGCUAGGCUUGAAUUUUCGGCAUCCAUCCCCAAAGACUUUUAUUAUGUUUAAUACCAGGAAAUAAAUUUACACAAACAUUUGUCACCAGAUGUAUACAAGCACCAGUCUGUCCAUGUCUCGACAAAUCUUGCACCUACUGAUAAAAUUGUUAACAGGUUUCAUAUUUGUAAAAUCAGCAGUUGUAAGUAUUUUAUAGUCUCCAGAAUUUGUCAUGCUUACAACUUUUUCAAAAGAUUUCAUUUAAUAUUUUAAGAUGGCCUACUAAAUUGAAAAUUACCAAUUUGUACAAAACAACACAAAUCUUUUCCCCCCAAGUCGGAAAUAAAAUCCUGCAUUUAAUUCAUCUGGUUCUAAUUUGAGCUGUGACAGGUUGUUUUGAUCAUAUCAAACGUGAAAAGUUCACUGUCAGUUGGUAUUCACCAUAACAGGAGACUAAUAAAGAUUUUUUUUUUUUUUUUUUUUUAAACUGGUCUUGUCAUUCUAAACAUAUGCAGUAAACUUUGGUCAAGGCAACGACUUAUGUCAUCAAUACAUACAGAUUUGUAAUUAAUACACACAGUAAUGUACUGUCUUCAUUUCACUGGUGGUGUAGCCUGCAACAUGUUCAUGCUUAUCUGUUAUCUCGUAGUGCAAUUAUCAGCUUUGGUGUGACUUAUGAAUCAAAUAUGCAAUAUACUACUGUCCAUAUGACCAGUGUUGUGAUACCAAGUCGGUAAGACUGGUGUUUUAAUACUACUGUUCAUAUGACCGUUGUAAUACUACUGACUGUCUAUAUGACUGUGUUGUAAUAUUAGUCUGUAUGACUGGUGUUGUAAUUUCCACUAUCUAUAUGACUGGUGUUGUAAUACUAAUGUCUGUAUGAAUGAUGUUGUAAUACUACUGUCUAUAUGCCUGGUGUUGUAUCACUACUAUCUGUAUGGCUAGUGUUGUGAUACUACUAUUCGUAUAUGGCUAGUGUUUUAAUACUACUGUCCAUAUGACUGCCGUUGUAAUCAAAUAUGGCAAUAACGUUUUCUGUCUAUAUGACUGGUCUCUAACUGAAAUCUGCAAUACAUUUGAAGUCUGUCCAUGGUACUAGUAUGGGUUUUGAAACUUUAUUCAUACAAGUAGAGUAUUGUCUGGCUUUCUUUUUUUUUUUCUUCUUUUUUUUAUCUGUACAAAUACUGUUAGCACGAGUUACUGUAAUUCACAAUUUUUAGUUCCUAAGAUUUUAAAUGAUUGCUUCUGUAGUUUUGAUUGGUUUGAGUUGACACACUUCUUACCAUGUUCCCAGUGUCGGUUUUUGAUAAGCCAUGGUCAAAAAUAAAUAAUUUCUCUCUUAAUUUUAGUUUACCAGGUAAUGUAUAAUGCUACUGUAAUUGAAAUAACAAUCAGGUAAAAUUUACAAUACAUAUAGUAUGGUUAUCAUGUUAGUGGGAUUGAAUUAGAUAAAUGUAUGCUGAAUACAUUUAUGAAAUGGGUUUAAAAUUCUUCUUCUGCAUUUCAUAUACUAGUAUUUUUUUUAGCAGUGCAAUUGUCUUUAUUUUGUACAUCAAAGUCAUUUCACUAACCCAUAGAAAUAUUCUCGGUGUCGUUUCACAGAGUUACAUAGAAGAUAGUUUUAACAUGUAUUAGGUGAUAUUUACAGCACUAUUUUGAACCAUGUGCGUGUGAAUCAUUUAUAUUCCAUUCUGGCAACUUGUAGUUACUCAGCAAAACACUAUGAAUAUAUGUCUAGAUUCUGUCUGCAAUAAAUCAAUAUUAGUGAAGAUGUUUUCAUGACAUCCUCUUGUUACACUGUCAUCGGCUGAGGCUUGCGACCUGGGAUCAUGCUGUCAUUGUUCAUUGUUGUCUUUUUUAAACCUCAUAGAAGCUACUUUUUUAUCUUAGGAACUAAUUUUUAUGGUACUCUUGCUUGUGCUGUAAAUCUUUUUCUUUUCCAAGACGAAUCCAUAAUUAAUCAAGCUACUUUUGUAGUUGCAGUAUUUGUAAGAAAUUACAUAUUUUACACAUGAACAAUGAAUUACUAAUUUCUAAAGGGAAACAAAAAAGAAGAAAAAGAUUGCUUUAAUUAUUUUCAAAGACUAUCGACAUACAUAUAUAUUUUACUAUUUAAAAGUACCAUUGACAGAUUUUUAUUUGUGAUUAAUGCUGACUUUACAUGUAUGUUAGACAUCAAAUUUCUGAGAUAAUGUUUAGCAUAAAAUAAUUGAGCAUUUUGCAGUAGCAUCUAAAUGAUGCAAGCUAAUAAUUUUUCACCGUAUUAAUAAAUAUUUAUUACUGUUUUCAUAUUUUUAAUGCAAAUCUUUUGUGCAUGUGCACCUUUUUUGGUAUUUAACAAGUUUUACUGGCAUUUUUGCAUAUGUUGUGAUUUAUUAUUUCAGCUGUAAUUAAGUUUGUAACAUUGUCAGGGUAGUGGUAGUUUUUGUACGAUCAAAGAAAGAAAAUAAUAAGAUAAGAAUGAUCUGUUGCUACAAUAUUCCUGUCAACAGUGUUAAUACUGGGUUUUUUGGGUUUUUUCACAAUAUUAUUAUUGAGCUGGUCACAAUAUUGUGAGAGAGAUUGGUUUAAUAUUAUAUACCCCUAACAACUUGGUGUGAACAAAACAAACAAUAUAUAUAUAAUAAAAUAAAAUAAAAUUACAAUUACAAUUUUAAGAUUUAAAAAGGUCAUGCUUGUACAGGUAAUUGAAUCUACCACCAUUAUUAUUAAUAAUUUUUAUAUAUUAUAAGCAAACUUGUAUUAAACUGAAUUUCAACAAUUAUCUGAAGUGCCCCUGUUCCCCUUUUGCCUAGCCUUAAAUUAAGGUAAUGGUGUGGACAUUACCUAGAACCCGGAUGCAAAUAAAUGAGAGGAAAUGUAUAAUAUGUGUACAUCAAAAUGGUAAAUUGGAAAAAUUAUUUUAAUGAAAAUUGUUCAAUUUUUUUUUACUAAAAAGAAAUAACAAUUUGAAUUGAUUAUUAAAUUGACAAUGUUAAAGGCUAUGUAUAUCUAUUGAAGCUAGGAAACGAAUUGAUCUAAUGGGUUCAUCGAAACUAAUUAAUGAAUCUCCCAACAUUUACUAUGGGGAGAUGGGUUAUGGACAUGCAAAUGUACCACCUGCCAUUUGUUGGUCUUUUGUUUUGUUUUGUAUGUUACUUGUAUACUUGUAUUGUGAACUUAACUUGUAAUGUAUGCAUGUAUAUACAUGUACCUUCUUGACUUGGUUGCAACAGCGAUGUGUAUACCCUCAAAAAUAUUAUGAUGUUAUUGACAAUCACUGAUCAAUGGUGACCACGCAGCCAUUGUCAUGGGUAAUGUGCUGAUUGCUACUUGUGCUUUUCUGCAGUGUGCUUUAUACGAGUCUACACAGUUCCGUUAUCAUAUAAAUAAUAUUGGUUUUAUAUGGGGAGUAAAAUAUGUUCUCGUUUCCCCAUCCUCUUGGACAAGUUUUUUUCAUGAGCUUUUGGACUAAGACUUUAAACAAAGACACACGUGUGUCUAAUGCAUUCGGUAACUUGAAUAUUAAAUGUGAAUUGUUAAGAUUGAGAGUAAGGUUAAUAAGAUCUUUAAAAUUACUAUUAAAACUAUGUAGCCAUGUGCCUUCUUUUUUUAAGUUUUAAAGGCUGUCAAUUUUUUUUCAAUAGUGACGAUGUUAAACAUCAAAAGAAAUUGAAAUAAAACUUGAAAGGAAGUGAAUUUAGAGGUUAGAAAUUAAAAUGUAAUAAUGGAACUUUGUGCUAUUGUUUUGCUAUGGUUAGACCGAUAUGUAAACUUGACCUUGUCCCCCCCUCCCACGCACUGCUGCAUGACGACUCUUAAAUCACAUGAGAGUUUGAGACUGCAUGCUGGUAGAUACGGUUGCUAGGCAACCAAAUCCCCCCUGCAGAACCAUUGAAUCUGGAAACUUUUCAUUGAGUGAACAUAAUGAGAUGCAAUUACUAAAUGUUUUCUAGGUUGUGGUUGAAAUCUGUCACUAUUUAGCUCCAUGAAUGUUUUCACACGAAAGGUAUCCGAUUCUGGCUGCAGGUACAAGGUCAAGAGUUGCAAAGGUUCAGCACCUCACUGAUCCUAAUGACGUCAGACUUCUCAAAAUGAUUGGAUACUCAUUUUCCCACUAGCACUCGCUAUAUGCUAUAUUGCCUGUGUGAAUGUGCGAGUGUAAUCAAAUAAUACAAUUAUGUACUUCUGUCAGCAGCUUAUUUUCUUAUCAAUGCCGACUUCAUCAAUAAAAAGGUUUUGAUUUUUA